AUGGAUUUAAAUUUAGGCAUAGAUUGCUAUUUUCUUCUUAGAGUAGGCAGACUAUUGGUAUGAAAUUUAACACACGAUUAAUUUUUAUAACCUUUGAAUUUUCUGUGUAGUUUUUAUUUUUAUUUUUUUUCCCUGGGACCAUGCAAACCUGAUUGGUUGAUGGGGCAGGGACACAAAUUCUUUGUCAAGAACUAAACUUUUUUCCUCAAAUUUUAUACAACAACAGAGAAGGUCUCAUUUGCAGUAGCGGUCUCAUAAAAUGUUCUCAUUUUCAGCUAAACUUCUAUCCACACCUCAUCAACCCCCCACGCUUUAAUUUAGCAUUAAAAACUUAGAAAGGGAAUACACACAAAGCUUUGAUGUGAAGCAGUCAGGAACACUACACACACAACUUACCUGACAAAAGCAAGGACUUGAGACGUUAAGCCAUUUAAUAGUAGAUAUUCUUCUCACUCAUCCACAAACACACAUCAUUACUAUAACUGUCAUACCAUGCACCACAUCCUUAACUUUGCCCUCUAGGGAUACCAUCCUGUCACCGCUCCCUUUAACUACCCUUCUGUACACUACCAUUUACCAAACUACCCUCUUCCAACUCCACCAAUUACUAUUCCAAACUUCCACAGCAGCUAGUGGGGAGAGGGGAAAUAAUCUAGUAAAGGGGGAUGUGCAGAAAGGUGACAGAGGGUCAGAAGUGAGAUUACCAUGCAUGGUUUGGUGUGUACAAUAGUUGUGGUAAUGAAAAGAUGUGUGCCUAUGCGUGGAAGAAAGGCUAGGUAGUGUUACAGUACUGGCAAUUACAGGUGUUCAAAAAUCAUGAGCUAGCCCCCUCCUGCAAAGUUUUUAUGUUCCAUGUUUUUUUUUAAACCUUUGGGGUUCACUUGGGUCAUGUUUUCAAGCUUUUCUCUGCAGCUCUGAGAGUCAGAAACUGUUGGGUUUUUUUUAAGUGAGAAUCAGAGUUUCCAUUUAUUCACAUGACUCCGGGAGCCAGUGCAUUAAGAAAAUCAUCAAAUAUUUGUCAGCCUUAUGUUAAAAAUCAGGAGAGCUGGCAACAAUUGGUUUACCUUUUCAUUCCCAUGCUUUAGUGGGUAUUUGCCAGCCAUGUUGUGCGUAUAGCAACCCCAACUACUUCCCAGGGAAGUUCUUUUUUGUAUACAUGAGGUCUAAUUAUCACUUUGUGUAUUUAUUAUUAAUUUGUAUAGUGGCAACAGCGUCCUAGAGGUUUUGGGGACAGCAAAACCAGUGUUUGUUUUUAAAUCAUUGCACUACAAACUUAGUUUUGCACGACCCCAGGCUACUACACUUGAGCAGUCCUCAGGAAAUACUUCACGUCACGUGUAUAAACCUUUACAUUAUUUCCUCUCACUUUUUUUGGGGGGGGGGGGGGGUUUAAGUAGCCAGCUGCUUGCGAUGCCAUUAAUAGCUACCUUUCCCCUAGCGCGUUCCUUUGACCGUGGGCUCCUUGCUUGCUGCAGGGAUAGCCGCAAGCUCCCCAGAACUAGAGUGAAACUUUGCUCAAAGCCCACCCAGGCGUUACUCAGGGCCGGGGUGUUCGGCUCCUGCGUGUCCCAGACACCGCGUCUCCCUUGGAAGGCAGCCCACGCAGCACCUUCCUUGCUCCCCUCCCAAGCAAUAAUACACCAGGCGGCUGGAGCCAGCUCUGGCGCUUUGCUUGGCAGCCUCGGGGCCUUUGGCAGCGAAGGGUUAAGCGAUUGGACCCGGGAGGAUUUUUGAAGUCCUAGACCGGGAAGUUCCAUUUGCAAGCGGCGGGGGGGGGGAUAGAGGGCGAGACGCGGCGUGUUCCAUUCUCCGCGCACACCCAGCCCGGGCGCUCGCUGGUUACCUUUCGGUGGCGUUACGCUCCGGGGCUUCGCCUCUCAAGCUGCGGGGGGACCCGGGCGGCCCGUGCCACGCGGCGCGCGCCUCUCCGCCUGGGGCGUGCGGGGCUUGCCUGGGGGCGGCUCCUUUAAGGCGUCCCCGGGCGGCAUCAGCCCCGCAGCUGGAGCAGGGACCCACGGCGGGCCCGAGCCACCGGAAAGUUCAGACGCUGCUGAGAGCCCCACAGAGACGCCGCGGUGCCCAGCCCCCGCCGGCUCCUGCUGCCCCCCUGCCCUAGCAGGGAGGAAGGCGAAGGAGCGGCGGCGGCGGCGGCGGCUGCUCCUCCUCCUCCCCCCGCGGCUGCAGUAGGGGGCCGGGUGCGUGGGUGGGUUGGGGGCGGUGGCCCUUGGAAGUUUUGCGCUCUCCUCUCUCUUUUGUGUCCGGCUGCGGCUCGGGGAAAGGAGCGGUCUGCGUGCCCGCUUGCAGGGCGGAGAUGCAGGGCGGCGCGAGGAGUUGCUGCUGGGGUGACUCCUGCGAGGCUCUGCUGCUCCCUCCGUUCCCGGCUCUUUGCCCCAAGUGAUGGGCGCGAGGGCUGCUGCUGCUGCUGCUCCACCUCGCUCUUCCCUCCAGCCUCCCAAAGGCACCGAGCCGGGGCCCUCGCCCAAAGCAGCCGUCGCCCCUGCGCCUUCCUCCGAUGCCCAGUGACUUUGUGUGGCUCAGGUCGUAGCAAGCCCCCCCCCCCGCUCCGCCUGCCAGGCUGCUGCAGCGGUUUACGGUCUCGGAGGGGCAGUGCUCUGUGGGGAUAUUUGCAAGUGGCCUGGCUGCUGAAGGCGAAGUCCCGGGCUGGAGACGCAACUUGCGAACAGGGCACAGAGAAUCCAAGCUGCGGAAAAUUGCGGCUCGUUUGUUUUCUUCUUCACUGUUGAUGGUCCCAGGAAGCGUCAAAGCUCCUUCUAGGAAAAUCCGGGGCAAGGGAGAGAAGAUACAAGACUGGAGGCGCUGCUGACAAUACCUUCUGCUCGCUGUUAACUCCUGCAGGAUUAGGAAACCUUGCUUAUAUUAAGCUUCUGUGGAUUUACAAUCGGAGGGGGCUUUUAAUUUGUAUUCCUUCCCCCUCCCAUUUGGCAUGAGGCUAUUUGCAGGCGCCACCUGAGGACAAUGAUCGCGGAGUUUGCUCGCUUUUACCUCUUUGGAUUAAUAUGUCUCUCUUCAGGUUCCCGUCUCCGUCAAGAAGAUUUCCCACCUCGAAUUGUUGAGCACCCUUCCGAUCUAAUUGUUUCAAAAGGAGAACCAGCAACUUUGAACUGUAAGGCUGAAGGCAGGCCAACCCCAACUAUUGAAUGGUAUAAAGGGGGUGAAAGAGUUGAAACUGACAAAGAUGACCCUCGCUCUCAUCGGAUGUUGCUGCCCAGCGGAUCUUUAUUUUUCUUACGCAUAGUACAUGGACGCAAAAGUAGACCAGAUGAAGGAGUCUACGUCUGUGUUGCAAGGAAUUACCUUGGUGAAGCUGUGAGUCAUAAUGCAUCGCUGGAGGUAGCAAUAUUACGAGAUGACUUCAGACAGAACCCUUCAGAUGUAAUGGUAGCCGUGGGUGAACCUGCUGUGAUGGAAUGCCAACCCCCAAGAGGUCAUCCAGAACCCACUAUUUCAUGGAAAAAAGAUGGGUCCCCACUGGAUGACAAAGAUGAACGAAUUACAAUCAGAGGAGGAAAGCUCAUGAUUACCUACACGAGAAAGAAUGAUGCUGGCAAGUACGUCUGUGUUGGAACAAAUAUGGUGGGAGAACGAGAGAGUGAAGUGGCGGAGCUCACUGUUUUAGAAAGACCCUCUUUUGUGAAGAGACCCAGUAAUUUGGCUGUAACUGUGGAAGACAGUGCAGAGUUUAAAUGUGAGGCUCGGGGCGACCCUGUACCUACAGUAAGAUGGCGAAAAGAUGAUGGGGAAUUACCAAAAGCAAGAUAUGAAAUCCGUGAUGAUCACACUUUGAAAAUCCGGAAAGUUCUGGCAGGAGAUAUGGGGUCUUAUACUUGUGUUGCCGAAAAUAUGGUUGGAAAAGCUGAAGCAUCAGCAACUCUAACAGUUCAAGUUGUGUCUGAACCUCCCCAUUUUGUUGUGAAACCUCGUGACCAGGUGGCUGCAUUGGGACGGACAGUGACUUUUCAGUGUGAAGCAACUGGAAACCCUCAACCAGCCAUCUUUUGGCGUAGGGAGGGAAGUCAGAAUCUGCUUUUCUCAUACCAGCCGCCUCAGUCAUCCAGCCGCUUUUCAGUAUCUCAGACUGGUGACCUCACAAUCACAAGUGUCCAGAGAUCUGACGUUGGGUACUAUAUCUGCCAGACUUUAAAUGUUGCAGGAAGUAUCACAACAAAAGCAUACUUGGAAGUUACUGAUGUGAUUGCAGACCGGCCUCCCCCAGUCAUUCGACAGGGUCCUGUGAAUCAGACUGUAGCUGUGGAUGGUACGUUAGUACUCAGCUGCGUGGCCACAGGCACUCUAAUGCCCACAAUCCUCUGGAGAAAGGAUGGGGCCCUCAUCUCUACUCAGGACUCUCGCAUCAAGCAGCUGGAGACAGGAGCUUUACAGAUCCGAUACGCCAAGCUCGGUGACACUGGCCGGUACACCUGCAUUGCUUCAACUCCAAGUGGCGAAGCAACCUGGAGUGCUUAUAUUGAGGUCCAAGAAUUUGGAGUUCCAGUGCAACCGCCAAGACCGACUGACCCAAACUUGAUUCCUAGUGCACCCUCAAAACCUGAAGUUACAGAUGUCAGCAGAAAUACAGUAACACUGUCAUGGCAACCUAAUUUGAAUUCAGGUGCAACUCCAACGUCUUAUAUAAUAGAGGCCUUCAGCCAUGCAUCUGGUAGCAGUUGGCAAACUGUAGCAGAAAACGUGAAAACUGAAAGUUUUGCAGUUAAAGGGCUGAAACCUAAUGCAAUUUACCUCUUCCUUGUGAGGGCAGCUAACGCGUAUGGACUUAGUGAUCCUAGCCAGAUAUCUGACCCAGUGAAAACUCAAGAUGUUCCACCUACAAGCCAGGGUGUGGAUCACAAACAGGUCCAGAGAGAGCUUGGGGAUGUGGUUCUGCAUCUUCACAACCCCACUAUCCUUUCUUCUUCCUCAAUUGAAGUUCAUUGGACAGUGGACCAGCAAUCCCAGUAUAUUCAGGGAUAUAAAAUUCUGUACCGGCCUACCACUGCAUCCCACGGUGAAUCUGAAUGGUUAAUUUUUGAAGUGAGAACACCAACCAAAAAUAGCAUCAUCAUUCCAGAUCUGAAGAAAGGUGUAAACUAUGAAAUCAAGGCCCGCCCUUUUUUUAACGAGUUUCAAGGAGCAGAUAGCGAAGUGAAAUUUGCAAAAACCCUAGAAGAAGCUCCUAGUGCUCCACCUCAAAGUGUUUCAGUGACUAAGAAUGAUGGAAAUGGGACAGCAAUUGUGGUUACCUGGCAGCCACCCCCUGAGGAUACCCAGAAUGGAAUGGUCCAAGAAUAUAAGGUUUGGUGCCUGGGCAAUGAAAGCAGAUACCACAUAAACAAGACCGUAGAUGGUUCCACCUUUUCUGUAGUCAUCCCCUCCUUAGUUCCUGGUAUUCGAUACAGUGUGGAAGUAGCAGCAAGUACUGCGGCAGGACCUGGAGUGAAAAGUGAGCAACAGUUUAUCCAAUUAGAUUCCCAUGGAAACCCUGUGUCACCAGAAGACCAAGUCAGCUUAGCCCAACAGAUUUCAGAUGUUGUAAAACAACCAGCUUUCAUUGCUGGCAUUGGUGCAGCCUGUUGGAUUAUUCUUAUGGUUUUCAGCAUCUGGUUAUACCGCCACCGAAAGAAGCGAAAUGGACUCACUAGUGCUUAUGCUGGUAUCAGAAAAGUCCCGUCUUUUACCUUCACACCAACAGUAACCUAUCAGAGAGGAGGAGAAGCUGUAAGCAGUGGAGGCAGACCAGGACUUCUAAACAUCAGUGAACCUGCCCCUCAACCAUGGCUAGCAGAUACAUGGCCCAACACUGGGAACAACCACAAUGACUGCUCCAUCAACUGCUGCACCUCAGCCAAUGGAAACAGUGAUAGCAACCUCACAACGUACAGUCGACCAGCUGAUUGUAUAGCAAAUUACAACAACCAGCUGGAAAGCAAGCAAACAAACCUGAUGCUGCCUGAGUCAACUGUUUAUGGUGAUGUGGACUUGAGCAACAAAAUCAAUGAGAUGAAAACCUUCAAUAGCCCAAAUCUAAAGGAUGGAAGAUUUGUCAACCAACCUGGGCAGCCCACUCCUUAUGCAACCACUCAGCUCAUCCAGUCAAGCAUCAGCAAUAAUGUUAACAGCAGCAGUGGGGAUACAAAUGAGAAACACUGGAAACCCUCUGUUCAGCAAAAACAAGAGGUUGCACCCAUACAGUACAACAUUAUGGAGCAAAACAAAUUAAACAAAGAUUACAGAGUAAAUGACAAUAAUGCUCCAACUAUUCCAUACAACCAGUCAUAUGACCAGAAUACAGGAGGGUCGUACAACAGUUCAGAUCGGGGCAGUAGUACAUCUGGGAGUCAAGGACACAAGAAGGGUGCCCGCACCCCUAAGGUACCCAAACAGGCUGGCAUGAACUGGGCAGAUCUACUUCCACCUCCCCCAGCACACCCUCCUCCCCACAGCAAUAGUGAAAAUUACAGUCUUUCUGUGGAUGAAAGUUAUGACCAAGAAAUUCCAUGUCCAGUGCCACCUACAAGGAUGUAUCUACAGCAAGAUGAGCUAGAGGAAGAAGAUGAUGAUGAGCGAGGUCCUACUCCUCCAGUCCGAGGAGCAGCUUCCUCUCCCGCAGCUGUCUCCUACAGCCACCAGUCUACUGCCACUCUAACACCCUCACCCCAAGAAGAACUACAGCCCAUGUUACAGGAUUGUCAAGAGGAAAUAGGCCACAUACAACACCAACCUGACCGGAGACGUCAGCCUGUGAGUCCUCCACCCCCUCCAAGGCCUAUUUCUCCACCACACACCUAUGGUUACAUUUCAGGACCCCUGGUCUCAGAUAUGGAUACUGAUGCACCAGAAGAGGAAGAGGAUGAGGCAGAAAUAGGGGUUGCCAAGAUGCAGAACAGAAGGCUCCUUUUGCGUGGCCUUGAACAGACACCUGCCUCGAGUGUUGGGGAUUUGGAAAGCUCUGUAACGGGGUCCAUGAUUAAUGGCUGGGGCUCAGCCUCAGAAGAAGACAACAUCUCAAGUGGACGGUCCAGCGUUAGCUCUUCUGAUGGAUCAUUUUUUACUGAUGCAGAUUUUGCACAAGCUGUUGCUGCAGCAGCAGAAUAUGCUGGUCUUAAAGUAGCAAGACGUCAAGUGCAGGAUGCAGCAGGAGGCCGUAGACAUUUUCAUGCAUCGCACUGCCCUAGACCCACCAGCCCUGUGUCUACUGACAGCAACAUGAGUGCUGUUGUAAUACAAAAGGUCCGACCUGCCAAAAAGCAAAAACACCAGCCAGGACAUCUGCGCAGAGAAGUCUACACAGAUGACCUGCCACCCCCUCCAUUGCCACCUCCUGCUAUUAAAUCUCCUACUGCGCAGUCCAAGUCACAGCUGGAGGUGCGGCCUGUCAUGUUGCCAAAACUUGCCUCUAUAGAACCGAGAACAGACAGGUCCACGGAAAGAAAAGGAGUGAGCUACAAAGGGAGGGAAGGGGCAGAUGGCAGACAGCAUUCUGAUGUGCGGACAAAUUCAGGAGAACGGAGAGAAUUGCAGGAACAGCAAAAUGAUGGGAAAUUGCGAGGAAAUAAAGCAGCAAAGCGAGAAGGCACACAAGCAAAAACUCAUCUUCUCCAAGAGGACAUCUUACCAUAUUGUAGGCCUACGUUCCCAACAUCAAAUAAUCCAAGAGAUCCCAGUUCCUCCAGCUCUAUGUCAUCAAGAGGAUCAGGAGGUAGACAAAGGGCAGAUCAAACCAAUAUAGGCCGAAGAAAUGCUGCAGAAAUGCAAGUACUGGGAGCAUAUGAACAAGGAGAAGAAGAAGAAGAAUUAGAGGAAACCGAAAGCUGAAGAGGACGAGAGAUGUACUGUAACAGGCUUUGAAAUCUAAUCAGAAAAAUAUCACUUAAGAUGCCUCGAGUCUGAUGAUGUUUGACGCCAGAAAUAAUGUUCAGUGCAAUCAGAGUGUACAAACUUUCAUUUUUAUUCAUGCCAUCAGAACGCUAGUCUUUAUUUUACUAUUUCUUUUUAACCCCUUUUCAUUAUGAACAGCCCCUGACUAUUGCAUAACGCUAAGUGUAUCACCUUCUUUCUGCCCAGAAGGCAGGUAACCUGCUCUUCCUGGUGUGGAUGCCAACUGUCACUUCAGGAUUUGGACAGAAGAGGGUGCCAAAACCUGGGAUUCCUAGUUUUCACCCUUCAGGCGGCACCAAGCCAGUUGAUACGGCACCGGGUCAGUUGAUGAUCUUCUGUGUAAUAUAGCAUUGAUUAAAAAUACUAAGUUGCAUAAAGUGAAAUUUGUGCAAAGGGUUCUUCUGAUGUAGUGGCUUUACUAUAGCCUGCAGUUCGUGCAAAUGAUAACUUGCAUUUCCAAAUGGACUGUUCCUUUUAUUUCCUGCCAGUGUCUCAAUUACCCUUUGCAGCAGCAAAAGAAUUACUUUUGAAAAUGCAACUAGAAGCAAUUUGGGGUAGGGUGGCUCAUAUUGUAAAUAUAUACUCAUUUUAAAGCCCCUGUGGUACUUUAAUUUGUCUUCCCCAUUUUCAUCAUUCAAGUACAUUCUUAUUGAAAAUGUCCUUUGGGAUAGGCAGGAGCCAAGCCAGUAGGAACUCUGGUGGUCUAGUCAUGGCAUGAAUAAGUCUAUUAGAAACUUGUUCUAAUUUUCAACUUAAAUGACACUUAUAAAAAUAAGCAAGGAAAAUAAUGGACAUUUUUAAUAAUAAUUGGGUAAGGACAUAGUUACUGUGACUGGCCCAAAUCUCAGACCUCUACUUGUAGUAUCAAUUCACCUUAAAGAAGUGCCACUUAAAGAUGUUUUGUUUGAUCUUGGGGUUUGUUUGUUUUGUAAUGCACUGCUUUUUUUUUUUUUGGUUUUAAAAGCACAAUCACUAAACUUUAUUUGUAAACCAUUGUAACUAUUAACCUUUUUUGUCUUAUUGAAAAAUGUUAAGAAGCAUUUGUUUGGGACUUUUUUCAUCUUUUUGUUAAUGCUUUAUAUUUGUAUUUGGAAUAUUUGAAUGAUGACAGAUGGUAAAGUAACAUACCUACACGUAGGCCAUAAACAGAACACUUCUCAUUUUUCCUGAACUUGUGGAACAUUCUCAAGUUUGCUGUGGCCUAUCUCAACAUUGGAUUUUCAUAAAAGUGAAAUAGAGGCAUUAGUUGUGUUGAAUUUUACCAAAUGAUGUCCUCUCUCUGUAGAUUUUAUCAUCUUUUCUGUAAUUAUAUGAUUUCUUUGUCAUUGGUGCUAAUGGAAAAUUGUGUGUUUGUUUAUGGACAGCUAUCAGGACUAGCCCCAAUGGGAAAAAAAAAGUGUUUUGCUGUUUACUGAGGACUGAAAUUUUUCAUUUAGCUAAUUUUGAAAAAAUGGUUACAUAGAAAGGAUGUGCAGUACUAAGGGAACAAUCCAUGUGAUUAAUGUUUUCAUUAUGUUCAUGUAAGAAACCUCAUAUUUUAGCCAUAAUUUUGCAUACUGAGGAUCCAAUAAUCAGAAAGUAAUUUUUGUCACAUUAUUUAUUAAAAAUGUUCUCAAAUACA